CCGGGCAAAACACCCUUUAGCACGGGUCCCGUUGUCUUCGGCACCAUGGCCCUCUACCUCGUCACUGUCCUCGGUGGUAGGGAGCUCAUGCAACGGUUCAAGGUUCCCCCUCAGGAGCUCAAGAAGCCCUUCCUUGUUCACAACAUUCUCCUCUCGUCUGCCUCUGGUCUGCUACUUGCAGUGAUGCUCGAAGAGAUCGUCCCCAUCUGGUAUCACCACGGCUUCUUUGCUGCCAUCUGCGCCCAGUCUUCAUGGACCCCACGAAUGGAGCAGUUCUACAUCCUCAACUACAUGUUCAAAUUUUGGGAACUCAUCGACACCGGGUUCCUCGUCCUGAAGAAGAAGCCCCUUGCUUUCUUGCACGUCUACCACCAUGCCGCCACGGCUCUUCUGUGCUUCUCUCAGCUGCUCGGAAAGACUCCGGUCAGCUGGGUCGUCAUCACGCUCAACCUUCUCGUCCACGUCGUCAUGUACGCAUACUAUGCCCUCACCACGCUUCGUAUUCCUUGCCCUUGGAAGCGGGCCGUCACCACGAUGCAGAUUCUCCAAUUCAUCCUGGAUCUUGGUGUUGUCUACUUUGCUUCGUACCACUACUUUGUCUCAGCCUACAAGGUCCCUCUGCCCAACAUCGGCGCCUGUGCUGCCGGCAAGGAGCACGCCGUCUUCUCUGGAUGUGCCAUCCUCACCUCGUACCUCUUCCUCUUCAUCGCCUUCUACCGUCGUACCUACAGCAAGUCCAAGGGCGCC